AUGCACACAGGCCCCGAAUCUCUCUCCCUCAACAUAACCUUCCCAAAUCACGCCCACAUCUACGGAAUCCUCCAACAUGCCACGAACCUUUUGAUACUAGCUCGUAUCAAUUCUGUACCUCUGGAAUCACUGAAUGUGAUCAUUGACUUGGUGGACACACUGACAUUUGACCUCGGAUCUACACCAAAAGCUUAUAAGUUCAUUCAGACACUUUUCAGGCUAGUCACAACGUGUUCUGUACCUUUGAUCCUCGCAUUACACCUCCAGCCCGGCCCUCUUCUCGAACUACUGACUCAAAUUUCCCUACCACUGAUGCUUAUGCAUCUGACUGUGCAUCCUCCACCAGCUGGUCCAGCAGAGAAAUUCUGGGGUGUCUCCAUCCCCUUCCCUGAGUGUACACAUGAAAAUGAAUGCCUGGUUUAUGACCUUGACGGAAAUGGGACGAGUGCUGGUGUGUGGCGCGGUGUAGAAAGGACUGUCGAGGGCUGGAAAGCAGAUGUCCCGUGCAAGCUGCGAGCUCUUGAAAACCUGAAAAGUAUUUGGAUCAGGAAAAAAUCGGAGGAUGCUCGACCAGAUCCAAUGCAGAAUGUAUCGUUCAAUAUAAAGCUCAUGCCGUUGCAGGAAAAAUUGCAAGCUCAAGUCCCCCUACCUUAUGUACCCAAAGGUGGCAACCCUGUUACAUCAGCUGGGGCGAUUCUAUGUGAUCCUGAUUCUGCCGAUGAUAUCAAUGAUUCAGAUGAUCCGGAUGAGGGCUUGGAUAUAUAG